UCUGUCUCGAUCAGCAACACAUCAUCCCUCCUCCUCAACCACUCCAAUCUCGCAUCUCUUAUCCACGUCCAUCUCACACCCCCUCCCUCUCAUCCUCCCCAUCCACUUCUCAUGUCACUUUGAGCAAGGGCCGUCACACUCGGAGCCCCCACACCGAGCACAUCGGCCCGCUGCUUAGACAUCAUGUCCCGCCCCUCACUCCCCUCCGUCCCCGUAGAUGGCUUGCCCUACGACAAGCUCCAUGCAGUCGCUACCGAGCUCGGGUCAGUCGAUCCCGAGUCCCAACCCCCGACCUACUGGUUCGAGCUCACGGUCCGCUCAGCCGAGCAGGCACGUAACGAGGAGCGCCGCGGCUCCAAGGCUGGGCAAUACGUCGCGUACACACGUCUGGCCAUCGCCUACCAGAAGUGUAUGUUUCACAAGCGAUUCAAGGACGCGCGCGCCGCCGACCAUGCUUGGGCUAUCCGCGUCACGGAUUUCAAGAGCACAUACGAGAGCGCGAUGCACAAGGCCAAAGUCCUCAAAGAGGAGCUCAAGGCUGCCCCCGUGAAAACUCAUCAGUCCACGAACUCGGUCGAUCACGAGCACGGAGGCUCCAUCGCCGACCGCAUGAAGGCGUUGAGUGGGCACGGCGUCGACGUCAGCACCAAACGUAUGAGCCGCGAACUCGGUCCUCGUCCCGCUCCGCCUUCGCGCCAGCAGCACCCGGCCCGUAGGCCGUCGCAGGAUCUCACACACCAGCGCCGUCCCAGCCUUCCCCGACCACCUUCAAUAUCCAACCUGCCAUCCAAUCUCAGUCGCCGAGGCUCGAGCGCCUCUCUCUCGGGCAUGAACGGCAUCUCCCCAAAUCCAACCGGCGGCUCGACGAGAAGCAACUAUAGCCCUGUCAAAAACUCGGUGCCGCUGUACCGCCCCUCGUCGGCCAUGUCGACGGCGUCGGCUCGCCAAAUCCACGCCUCGGGCUCGGUGCCCCCGUCGCCAGCUGCGAUCGUGCCCUCACUCCCGACUGCUCCGUCUGAACCCCCCACUCCCCCUAUCCAGCCGCCCGCUCCCCGUACCCAGCCGCCCGCUCCCCGUACCCAACCCUCUGCUCCAGUCACACAACCACCAACUACCCCAUCCUGGACUGCCACUUCAUCGCCGCCGCGCACAGCCCCUGUUGAGCCAGAGAAGGCACCAGAACGCCCUUCGUCUGUGUCCGCUUCCCAGCGGCCACCUCAACUUCCUCUAGCACCGCCUGUCUCGACAUCUCUAACCUCGUCACCAACAGAUGCAGCGGAGCGCCUAGGUAACUUUGAAAAGGCCUUUCCUUCGCUGGACGAGCUGGGCAAGCAGUUUGACGAUGAGGGGUUCGCAAUCCCCUCUUUGCCUGCAUCUGCUUCCAAUGGACCCCGCCCUGUUCCCGAGGCGCCCAAGAAGACCGAUGAUGACGCCGCAGCGUUCCCUGGCUUCCCCAGUCUGCCCAGUGUACCAACAGACCUGCCAGGUACGCGGGCGCCACCAAAGCCACCGUUGCCGCCCCCUCCUGCCCCUCCGCGCCUUGAUGAUCUCAAGAAGAAUGGGGACCGCCCUCCCUCUCCACCCAACACGGACUCGCUGAGACAGGACCGAUCGUCAGGCUCACUCAGCUUCCCUACACAGAACUCGCUGGCUUUGUCUACAUUCAACUCGCCACACGCCUCCAUCUUCGACGACGGCGCCAAGCUCAAGUCGCCGCUGCAAACAUUGGGUCAGCAAGACGAGGUUUACGCUGCGUCACCAGUGUCGUCCGCUCACAUCCCCGAGGGUGUCUCGUCCUCUUCUCCCGUCAACGGGUCCGCUUUCCUUUCCUCUCUGGAUCCACUCGAGGCUGCGGCCGCGCAUGUCACUUCACCACCUACAGACGCGUUGUCGCUCCAGCCAUUGGCCAUGCCUACACCCCAGGCGGCACCGGUGGCGCGUGCGGGGAAUAACCCUGUUUCUGAACCUCCUGGUGCGACCCAAAGUUCUGCAGUCGCCCCAUCAACGACUGCUCCCGAGAAAAUUGCAAAGCCCAACUUUCCGUACACCUCGUCGAUCACGCCCGACACACUUCGAGGUUACUUCACCAAUCCCGCCGCGGAUGUGCUUAUCUGCGACGUACGGCCGGCAGAGGAGUUUGCUGUCGGGUUCGUUGGGGCCGAAUACCACGAGCGAGGGUGCAAAGUGAGCGUCGUGUGGAUCGACCCGACUGUACUCAUGCGACCGGGCCUCACUUCGACGCAGCUCGAAGGCGCCCUGUCUCUCAGUCCGGAGGCUCAGCAAGUCGCCUUUGCCAGCCGCAAUCUGUACGACUUGGUUGUGAUUGUCGACUCUCGCUCGCGCAAAUUUCCUGGCAAGGGUGAAGCACAGACGCCAGCGGGUAAUCUGCGCAAUGUCAUCUACGAGCACGAAUUCGCCAAGGUGUUGCCACGUUCACCCGCACUCCUCCUUGGCGGUUAUGAAGCAUGGGUAGAGUUCAUCAAAUCCCGGCAAAGGAUCAACUUGAAGCGCAUCCAGGAGGAACAAGCGUCCUUUAUGCCUCGCAUGCCACCCAAUGGCGCUCCUAACGGCCACGCUUCCCCACUGUCGCCGCGGCCGGCGAACGCAUCGCCCCAAGUUCCCGAGAGGCGUGCCGGUCAUGCCCGCGAGAAGUCGUAUCAGAUGUCGCCGUCGCACUACUCGAAGGAGAUCACUGAGAACUUUGCUCACGGCUCGCCACAGUCGAUGACCGGUGGCCCGCACAGCCAACACCACUACUCCGCAUCGUACUCGGGUGGUCCGGCAUCGUACAUGCCUUAUCAGCAGGCUCCAGCAGCCAGAUCGCCGAUGCCUGUGCCGAUGCCACGGGCAUCACACGCGUCGUCCAACUCCAUCUCGUCGAAUUUGAGUAGUUUACAAGGGUAUAAUAUGCUGUCACACAAUCGCACCGAUUCGUUCUCAAACUACUCCGUGUCGACGGGGAUUGCUCCGCCUCCGCGCGCAUCGGUGCACACAAGCGCCAUGACGCGCAGACAAAGUAGCAGCGACUACAUGGACUAUGGGUCACCGAGGCAACAGACGCGCAUCGAGUACCCGCAGGCCCACGGGCUCGUGCGUGUUCCACAGCCACCACCAGCUGCCGCCUCUCACGGCCUUGAGCGGCAGGAUCAGCGCGCGCCGAUGCCUACGCGCCUGCCGCAAUGGACGGAGAGCGUUGCCGACAGCGGCGUCCACUAUUGGCGCGAUACCAGGCUUGGUCUUACAGGGCUCAAGAACUUGGGCAACACUUGCUACAUGAACUCGACGGUUCAGUGCCUGAGCGCGACGUUCCCGUUCGCGCGCUACUUCCUCAAUGAGAUUUACAAACGCGACCUGAACGAGACGAGCAACCUCGGCACCAAGGGUCGCAUGGCCAAGGCAUUUGCGGAUCUGCUCAUGGCGCUGUGGAGCGAAAAGUGGAAAUUCUUGUCGCCCAUUACUUUCCGGCAGAGUAUCAUAAGCUUCAACGACCUGUUUGCAGGCAACGAGCAGCAUGACUCGCAAGAGUUUUUGUCGUUCAUGCUUGACGGCUUGCACGAGGACUUGAACCGCGUCAAGCACAAGCCGCAGAUUGAAAUGACCCCGCACCGCGAGAAGGCGCUCGAGGAGCUCACGCCGCAGGAGGCAAGUGACAAGGAGUGGGCACUGUACCGCCAGCGCGACGACAGCAUUAUCGUCGACCUGUUUCAGGGCCAAUACAGGAGCAGGACGACAUGUCUGACGUGUCGAAAGACCUCUACGGUGUACGACUCUUUCAUGUGGCUCACACUCGAUUUGCCCGCGCAGAACAAGCCGGUAUUGCUUUCUCAGCUUAUCGACCGCUGGGUGUCGGCCGAGACACUCAGUAUCGAGGAUGGAUGGCAUUGCGCGCAUUGCAAGGCGCCACGCAAGGCGACCAAGGCGCUCACGCUCGUCCGACUGCCGCCGGUCCUGCUGAUCCAGCUGAAGCGCUUCAGCUUUGCGGGUCGCCACUGGAACCGGUCCGACACGCCCGUGAUCUUCCCGACGACCAACCUUGACCUAACACGCUUUGUGCCGCGUCGCGAGCCGACUGGUGCCGAGAAUCUCGACGACCCACGCACGCAGAUCGGGCCGUUCAAGUAUGAACUGUACGGCGUGACAAACCACUCGGGCACGCUAUCGAGCGGGCACUACACGGCGUUUGUGCGCGACGCUGGUGGAUGGACGUUUGCCGAGGACAGCCAGAUCUCGAAAGCGAGUGAGACGGAUGUCAUUUCGCACCCUGCUGCGUCUUACAUUUUGUUCUAUAAGCGUGUUCAAGCAUCUUAGAUGUGUAGUUGUACUUUUAUUGCAUGCGUUGGUGGGACGCGUGUUGGGGAAGCAGCGGCAGCAGCGGCAGCAGCAGCGGAGAACCGGGAGGAUGGACUCGUACUCUAGGGUCAAAUUAAAGACGGGCUGUUCGGGGUGCAUUCACCGGGACGGAUGACGGACGCGUACUCCACUCGACACACCACUGUACAGUACUCUGUCAUCGUUGUUUCAGUCGGUAGAUCGGUAGUAGUACAGUAGUCUGUAUUCCAGGAGUUUGGGCCCUCGGGCUCUCGGGGAGACGCCACUCCCGCGACAUGCGCCACGCGGCCAUGGGACGGUACGGUACGGUACGGUACGAGAGAGCGCGAGAGCGGCGACAGGACGACGCGUCUUGUGCGUUCAAAUGUCAAAACCGCGUACAUGUACUGUACUCGCAGUGGAGUAGUGCAUACGAGCUGUGGCGCAGAAUGUGUCAGUCUGGC